ACACAAUAAACUUUGCAAAACACAGAUUGAAAGUGCUUUCAGCAUUUUUCCGAAAUUAUGGCUUUAACUUUAGGGAGAAUGUCAGUUGAUAAUGGAUUUAGGAGGGUAAUCCACCACACGUGUUUCAACUCAGUGAAAAGACAAAGACUUUAUAGCACCGGUUUAAAAGAAGAGAGAAACAGCGGUAACUCAGGUACAGGUUGGACGGUGGUUUCUGAAAGGAGGGGUGCGGUGAUGGUCAUUGGGAUUAACCGUCCUGAAGCGCGUAAUGCAGUAAAUCAAGAGACUGCUCAGAGACUGACCGAGGAGCUGACAGCCUUUGACCAGGACAACAGCCUUAAUGUGGCAGUGCUUUAUGGAGUCGGAGGGAAUUUCUGUGCUGGAUUUGAUCUGAAGGAGUUGGCCCAGAGCUCUGGUUCCCUCAAACUGGAGCAAGAUGUCCGCCGUGGUCCUGGUCCCAUGGGUCCGUCUCGGAUGAGGCUCUCAAAACCCUUGAUCGCAGCAGUCAGUGGGUACGCUGUGGCUGGAGGUCUGGAGCUGGCCCUGCUGGCUGACCUGAGGGUGGUGGAGGAGAGCUCCAUCAUGGGCGUUUUCUGCCGCAGAUUUGGUGUUCCAUUGAUUGAUGGGGGUACUGUGAGAUUGCCACAGCUGAUUGGUCUUUCUCGAGCUCUAGAUCUCAUUCUCACAGGCCGACCGGUGAAGGCGCAAGAGGCUUUAACAUUUGGACUGGCAAACAGAGUGGUGCCCGAUGGCCAAGCUCUUCAAGUGGCUCUUGAACUUGCUGAACAGGUCAGCGCAUUUCCGCAGCUCUGUCUCCGUGCCGACCGUAACUCCGCCUACCACGCUGUCUUUGACUCCUCCUCCUUCACCCAAGCCAUGCAAUAUGAGUAUGACCAAGGUCUGCCAGUCAUUACAGCUGAAGCAGUCACUGGGGCAACAAAAUUCAGCUCAGGCGCUGGGAGAGGAGGGACUUUCUCUAAGAGUAAACUGUAAAUGGACAGCUGAUCGGAAAUGAGUCAGUGUGUGUAACUAAAUAAUACAGAUAUUACUGUUAAUUUUACAGCGAAUCACAUGUUAGAGUCUAUGAUAAACAGUUUAUUUGGUCCAGUCCAGGUCUGGGUUAAGAUAAAGCCUGCUAUUAAUAAUGGUUUGUUGUCCAUAACUUAACUGUGACAACUGAACCUUUGUCAAAUAUUUGUAAGUUUCUACAAUUUGUAAAUCAUAAGAAUGUGCAUUUGUAAAUUUACCUCAGAUCAAGUUCCUCUCAAUGUAUUUGUUAUUGCUAAUCAAAUGUAUGAAAGAUAAUACUGAAGAAAA